AUGGCUCCCGUGGCAGAAAAGACUCAGGCAGCGCCUGCAACCCACAAGCAGCCAUCCCGUAAGGGCAAGAAGGCAUGGCGCAAGAACGUCGACAUUACCGAGCUGCAAGAAGGCGUUGAAGAUGUUCGCGAGCAGAUCAUUCAAGGUGGCGUUCUGACCGAGAGACCUGCCGAGGAGCUCUUCGUUACCGACAUCAAGGGCGCCGACCAUGUUCAAUCCGAUUUCAACAAGCGCCACAAGCCUCUGAAGGCCGACGAGAUCAUUGCACAACGCUCAAAAGUCCCCGCAGUAGACACCAGGAAACGCAAGUCCGACGGAAUCGCAACUGGAAGCAGCAAGCGCAACAAGAACGGCACCUACGUUUCACACAAGGAUCUCCAACAUUUGCGCAGCGUCGCAAACUCUGGAGGUGCCCAGACCGACAUCGUCAAGGCCACCGAGAACGCAGAUCACGACCCGUGGGGUAUGGAGCCCAUCCCGCAAGACCCUAGAUUCUCCUUCAUCCCGGAAAAGAAGGCCAAGGUUGCACCCAAGACUCUGAAGUACGCUCCCAUCUCCCUGGCCGCUAACGGAAAGCCUUUCGCUGCUGUGCCCAAGCCUUCUGCUGGAAAGAGUUACAACCCUACCUUCGAAGACUGGGAGGCACAUGUCACGAAGGUCGGUGAACGUGAGGUUGCUGCUGAGCGCAAGCGCCUGCAAGAGGCACAGGAGGAGCACGACCGUCUGGAGAAAGCACUUGCCGAGGCCGCGAGACCCGAGCCGUCGACCGAUGACGAGUAUCAAUCAGCAUACGAGAGCGAGUGGGAGGGCAUUCAGAGCGAGGCCGAGGAUUCUGGAGCUGUCACCAAGAAACGACCCGAGAGAAAGACACCAUCCCAGAGAAACAAAAUCAAGAGAAGAAAGGAGCUGGAACAUCAGGCAAAGUGGGACAAGCAGAUGAAGAAGAAGAACGAGCAACUGGAGCGUGUCAAAGAGAUUGCUCUCCAACUCGCCGAGAAGGAGCGUCUUCUCGCAGAGCAGAAGGCACUGCAGCCUGCUACCACAGAUGUCGCGACCGAAGCCGAAAUGAACGACGAGGACGAGAGCCAGGUACUACGCCGUCGUAACCUCGGCAGACAUGCUGUUCCCGAUGCACCCCUCGAGGUUGUCCUUGCAGACGAACUCCAGGACUCGCUCCGUGCACUGCGACCCGAGGGCAAUCUACUCAAGGACCGUUACAGAAACAUGUUGCUGAACGGCAAGAUGGAGUCUCGCCGUACCAUGCAACACAAGAAGCCGAAGAGAGAGGUUACCGAGAAGUGGAGCUACAAGGACUGGAAGCUGCGCUAG